AUGGCGGCGGGCGGGUCCGCCCUCCCUCCACGAUCCCCCCAAGAUGGCGGCGCCCCUCCCCUUCUCCCGACCUCCCCAAGAUGGCGGCGGAGAGCCGCGGGCCCCUCCCCUCCCCGUCACGGCGGCCCCAAGAUGGCGGGCGGCAGGGAGCCGGACCUGGGGCAGGUGGUGGAGGCGCUGGAGCUGCUGCUGCGGCAGCCCGCGGGGCCCGGUGAGCGGGGCGGCGCGGCCGGGACCGGCCCGGAGGGCGCCCUGCGGCUGGAGACGGUGCUCAGCAACGCGGCGGCGCUGGACGAGCGGCUGCGAGGGGAGCCGGGCUGGGCGGCGCUGCGCGGCCUCCGCUCCGCCGUGCUGGCCCGGGCACCGGCGCUAGCGGCCGGGGCGGAGGGCGAAGGCGAACCGGGCUGGGCCGCCGCCUGCGCGGUGCUGGCGCUGCUGCUGUGCCUCAAGGAGCGGCUGCUGGCGCUGGCCGCCCUCCCCGCCGCCCCCGCGGCCGUGCCCGGUGCCCCGCCGCCGCCCGCCGCCGACACGCUGAGCGCCGCGCAGGGCCGGGCGGUGCGGCGGGCGCUGCGGGCCGCCGUGGGGCUGGGGCUGGCGCCCUACCUGCCGCCGGGCGUGGGGCAGCGCCCCGGGCCACCCCUGCCUCCGCCGCUGCCCCCGGGGGCGACCCGCGGGGCCCGGCUCCGUGCCGCCACCGGCGCCCUGGUGGAGCUGUGCCGGCACCCUGCGCUGGGCGGCCCGCUGCUCGCGCACCACCUCGGCAUCCUCCUCGCCGGGCUCUGCCUGCUGGGACACGGCCCCGCUGCCGACAACGAGGGCCUUUCAGAAUCGGAGCGAGCGCAGAGCCGGGAGGCCCUGCAGCACAUCCUGGACCGUGUCUACCAGCCCCUGGCAGUGCGGGAGCUGCUCAUCCUGCAGGGUGGCCCCAAGCAGAGUCGUCCCUCUCCUGGGGAAGAAACAAAGCCAGCGCUUGUACGGGCUCCAGCAUGGCUGCGGCGCCUUUGUGGCCAGCUGCUCUCAGAAAGGCUGAUGAGACCCAGCGGGGUUCAGGCUGUGGUUCGGGGCAUCAUGGAGGGAACCGGCGGUGGCACUGAUGCUGAAGCAGCAGCUGUGGACUGGAGAAAAUGUGAUGCGGUUGCAAAGAUCCUGGCUUCCUGCCCUCAGCAGUGCCUUUCCCUCGAGGACUACUACAGACGUGUGUGCCCUCAGAUUCUGGGCUUACUGCACGUCCAGGACAGGCUGACAGCACGCCAGUUCCAGAGAGUGGCCACCACAACACUGCUCACCAUGGCGAAAGAGCACCCUCAGCUGGCAGAGAAAUACCUGCUCCAGCCUCUGCUGGCACCGCUUCUCCGCUGCUCAGAUGCAGCAGAGAUAGCAGCGGAAGAUUUGUCAGCAGGGACAGUGCUGGUGACGGAGGCAGAGCUCAGCAGCUGCGUGGAAGAUGUGUUCAAGGUGUACGUGGUUGGAAAUGACAGCUCCAGCCUGCUGCUGGGAUCCCUGCAGUCAGUCCUGGGAGUGGUUUUCUGCCUCUAUUCCUUCGCCAAGCAGAAUGUGUCAUACUUACGCUCCCCGUGCGAGGAGGUCCUGCUGUGGUUCCUGGAGAAGUCAGAGAGGGAGACGUCACUGUCCGUGCUGGAGAGCUGUGCGGGGCUGGAGGGCAGCGUGCGCCGCCUCCACCCGCGGUGCUGCUUCCGCGUGGGCAGCGAGGGAGGCGCCGUGGUUGUGGUGGAGGAGCCCAUCAGUGAUGAAGAUGAGGCCCUUUACCAGAAGGUUUCCUUGGAGCAGUGCUACGUGGAGAGCUUAGUGGAGCUGCUGUCUCACUGCCAGAAGAGUGGCCUGGCUGGAGACUUCUUCAUCCGCUGCCUGAAGGCGCUGACGCACGUGGCUGCAGAAGACGAGGCAGAGGUGAGCCCCAGUGCCGCAGCUGGAGGGAGUCUCCUGGAACUGGAGCAGCACCACGCCAGGCAGAGGAGGAAGCUUCUGGUCCUGCAGCUGGUGGCCACGCUGUGUGAGAGUGUCUCGGACACCGUGUUCACAGACAUUGCUCAGGUGGAGGAGUUCGUGGCUGCCACGCUCCAGCGGGCGUGCGUCAGCCUGGCGCGGGGCCGCGGUGCAGCGGUGGAGGCGCAGACGCUGAGCAUGGCCAUGGGGCUGGUGGCCGCCGCGCUCGGCGGAGCCGUGCAGCUGAAAUCGAGUGACUUCGCCGUCCUGAAGCGCCUGCUGCCCUUGCUGGAGGAGGUGUCCCGCACCCAUCCCGACCCCGUCAUCCAGGAGCUGGCCGCGGACCUGCGCAUCGCCAUCUGCACUCACGGCGCCUUCUCUGCCCAGACGGUUGGCACCGCUGCUGAGACCUUGCUGGGGAAAAAGCUUGGGCCGAGCAGGACAGGAGGGGGGAGCCCCGCAGGCCCUCCCGUCACAGCCCCCUGCCAAAGUACCGGGGCUGGUGGGGCACCGACGCAGCGUGGCCGUGGCUGCAGCCGCCCCUCGGCUCCCAAGGAGGGUGAAGAGCAGAGCAUGCGUGAAGAGCCCGGUGCCGUGGGUCCUGCUGCAACCCCAAGCACUGAGAGCCCGGCCCCAGCUCAGCUCCAGGAGCUGCUGUUAUCAGCCUACGACCCCCAGGUCCCUGUCCGGGCAGCUGCUGUGCGUGCUCUUUCCAGCCUGAUAUCGCAGAGGGACCCGGAGGCACUGCAGAUGCAAGAAAAAAUCCUCCAGGUUUUCCUAGAAAACGUGCAGCACGAGGACUCCUUUGUGUACCUUUCUGCCAUUCAAGGCGUUGCCCUGCUGUCCAGCGAGUACCCAGAGCAGGUCCUGCCCACCCUGCUGGCCCGCUACGGGUGCCCCACACAGGGCACGGAGGACACCCCGGCUGCUGUGAGCAGGAUGAAGCUGGGCGAGGUGCUGAUGCGUGUGACCCGGGCGCUGGGGGACAUGGUGUCAAGUACCCGAGAGCCCCUGAUCCAUGCCUUCCUGCGGGGCUCCCGGGACCCGGACAGCGUGCUGCGCGCCAGCAGCCUCUCCAACCUGGGGGAGCUGUGCCAGAGGCUCGGCUCGCUGGGCUCCGUCGUCCAGGAGGUGACCUCCUGUGUGACGGCCAUCGCCAAGACGGACCCCGAGGCGGAGGUGCGCCGAGCCGCCGUGCACGUGGUGGUGCUGCUGCUGCGGGGGCUCAGCGAGAAGGCUACCGAGGUGCUGCGGGACGUGCUGCGGGACCUGUACCGCCUGCUGAAGCACGUGGUGGCGGCCGAGCCCGACGGCGCGGCCGUGCUGCACGCCCAGCUGGCGCUGGAGGAGCUGGGCCAGGCGGUGCGGGGCGGCCUCUUCCCCCCGCAGGUGCUGGAGAAGAAGAUCGUGGUGCUGCCGUAGCAGGUGCUGGCAGCGCUCCCCUACAGAAAGAGACUUUUCCUGCUCCCGUGCCGGGCGAUUUUGCUCCCUGGAGGGGACAGGUUUGCUGCACCCUCGGGCCGCCUGCAGCAGGUGCCAGCCGUGGUGGAACC